AUGUUAUUUUUUUCUUUCUUGCAAGGAAUAAAACAUCGCGAUACCAUUCUUCAACCUCGAAAUGAAAUGCUGAAUUAUGCUUUGCAAGCUGUACUCUUUCUUCUCAUCUACCUAGCCAUUUGCCAGUUUUUCUUACCUUCCUUCUAUCUAAGUGAGACCUUCAAAAACUUUAGUUUUCUCCAUAAAUGCGCUUAUCUCGUAUUCACUGGUUUCACUAUGCGCCAGCAUUACUACUUCGCUUGGUCCCUUUGUGCACUUGGAUGUCUGGCUUCUGGGUUUGGAUUCAACGGCUUUGAUCAAGAUGACAAACCUGAUUACAAAUUAGUGAAUAGCUUCAACUUCAAAAAGGCUGAGUUCCCUCGAAGUGUCAAAGAACUGAUGGAUAACUGGAACCUCCAAACUUUGCUGUGGCUGCGAAUAAUCGUUUUUGAUCGAGUUCCUCGUAGUAUUGGUGUAUUUGCAGUAUUCUUUGUAUCUAUUUUGUGGCAUGGAUUUUAUCCUGGUUAUUAUCUUUUCUUCAUUUCUAUGGCUUGGUAUUCUUCCAUUGGAAGAAAAUUCCGAAAAUAUGUUCGUCCACGUAUAUUGGAGUGGCUACCUGACACUAAGUGGGUUUGGACAAAAGCCAAUCAACGAGAGGGUACUUCUCAUAUCUAUGACGCCAUAACGCAAGUCGUGACCUACUUCUUGGUUAAUUACACCGCGUUGGCUUUCGUCAUUCUAUCCUUUAAUGACAGCAUUAUUGCUUGGUCACGAUUCAAUUACGCUGGCCACAUGAUGUGUCUGGUGACGCAACUCUCUCUGAUGCUCGUUUCCUUGCGUAGAAAGAAUCAACCAACUAAGCAGCCACAGCUUAAAGCGUCCGGAAAAGUUAACUAA